AUGUCUACCCUGAACAUCCGCCCCGUCGAAGGAUACGAUAAACUUGCAACGUUCAUCGCGUCGGAUCCAGGGCUAGCCUUCUUUCGUCGUUUCAGCAAAUUGAACAUCAAAAGCCUUCUUUACUAUCAAGCAGAAAUUUCGAAUAUCGAGGAUGAUCUGGACUUUAUCAUCCAGAAUGACAAGGACUCGCAGGACGACGAGAAACAGGGCUACCCGUUCUCGGUACGGGACUUGAAAGAUUCAAUGAGACGAGCAAAAGAGGAGCAUCCGACGCAGUGGCUGAAGAUUCAGGAAGUGCGUGAAUUGUUGGAUAAGUAUAACAAGGCCCUCAUCCAACAACGAGACCUCAUACGUCUCAGCGCACCAGAUAAAUGCGACCUCGCUGUGCUACGAGACUGGCUAGACCGACCAGAAUGCGGCAAUAUGUUUUUCGAAACAGCCGCAGAGAUGAAUGUGUAUCAUCCCAGGAACGAAGACGACAUGCUUGCGUUGUUCAGUAGACAUGAGGGGGUGGAUACCAUGACUCGGUGGAUAUUUAACCGAGUGAUUCCAUGGUUUCACGAGCGCUGGGGGGAGAAGUAUCAGAAACAAAGUGAUGAUACGGGUACCUGGCAAUAUAGCGAUCGAAAAAUCAAGGUAUUCACAUAUCUAUUUAGUGUUUUGAUCGCAGCCGUUCUACCGGCAUCUUCCAUGAUUGUUCUAUACUUUAUCAAGGAUACCGCGAUCAGAAUGGUUACCAUUAUGGUGUAUAAUAUUGUUUUUUCGCUGGCGUUGGGUUUGAUGGUUAGGGCUCGAAGGGUUGAGAUAUUUGCGGCGGCGACUGCGUGA